CACCGCGUCGUGCUCGUUGAGCACGGCGUAGUUGUUUGUGAUUGUGGGGGGACUCGUCUAUGAAAGUAGUUCUUUGUUUUUAAAAGGACAUUGAAGUCCUAGAUAUCGAAAUCCCUGGUGCCAUUAUCGUGCAGAAUAUUUUUAGUGAGGAGAGUCUUCUGCCGAUUUUCGACUCUGCAGCGAACGUCAGCGACUUCCUGAGCGUAUAGCAACGACUAGAGAGCAGACUUGUGACCAAGAUGUCCGCAGCUGCGACAGGAACCGCGCCAGCGGACGCGGCCGCAUCUAAAGACCACAAUGCGUCGCAGUCUCUUUUUAUGGCGACGCCGUAAAAACUUCAUAAUGUUCAUUCUCGUCAUAGCAUCUGCCCAUUUUCUCGCCAUUAAGGUGAGCUUGGACUUACACUUCGUAAAACUUCUUCUGUGUCCUAUGCAAGUCCAGGCUCAGCCACAGUCUUGAUAACGAGAAGAAGAAGACGCGACGACCACGACCUUUGCUACGUCACCUUAAUAUCUCUCUCUAAUCCCUCCUUCGACCUUUCUGGACACGGGGCUUCCCAAGAAGAAGGUGGGAAAAGUACGCUCGAUGGCGCGCAGAUUGAGAUGGAGGAAAGUUUCGAUGGAAUCGGCGAUACUCUCCAAGAAUUUCGGGAAUUUGUCAUUAUGGUGGUUUAGUGCUGCUAGAUCAGACACGACUAGCUGUAGCACGAUGAGGACACGAAUAAGGACAAGAAAACCUUGAUGGGGCAAGACAAAAAAACCGAAAUUUAUAUUUCUUAGAGGAACAAUAGGAAUAGUUGGGAGACCACUGACUACAAUCUAGCACGCAAGAGUAGCAGGCAGAACUAGAAGGCGCCAGGAAAAUCAUAGGCAGUUCGCCGAAUAGAUUCGCAUCAUCGUACUUUUUAGGAGAGUUUUGGUUUUUCGAAACAUUUUCGACAGAGUCAGAAAAUACCACGAAGAAUAAAGCCACCGCUAACUCCUAAACCCAGAAAAGCGGAAUGCUCCUGACGGAGUACUGGAGAAGCUACAUCGACACCGGAGGCAAGGGUAAGAUCUCUAUUUCCGAAUUCUGCGAACGACUACGAGCUGUCGGAUACCAGAAAGUCAACAGCUUGCGAGGAUGCAUUAUCAAAGCAAGGAUAGAGCGGAUAACGGAAACUUACGAAUUGGGGGAUGCGAUCACCUCUCUUGAAGUGGAAUUACUCCUCAGUUUGUAGCCUUUGCUUUUAGAUUUAGUUUUUUUGAAUUUCUUAGCUUUUUGAAUCCCCUCAUCUUGUUCUUGUCAAUGUUUCUGACCGAAGUCGAGUUGGUACCUUCCCGAAAUUGAAGAUGAAGAGGUUAGUUUUCUAAGAGCCAACCGCUGCGGUAGCACAGUUCGAGCGGAAAGCAGUUGGCGGCGCAAACAGAAGCCCCACUAGCAGUCCACUGAAACGUAAAUCUUUCUUAGCUCAUUUUUAGAUUUAGAAAAUACAAAUACCAAUGUCAAACCCAUGAGAAAUCUAGAAAAUCAUUAUAACAAACACGACAAUUUCAAGUAAUAUCCAACUCCCCAACAGUCGGUCCCGGCACUGCCGCCACGUGGUCCGAGUGGCGUCCCGGGAGCCAAAACGCCCCAGCCAUCAUCCAGAAGGCGGAAUCGGAUGCCCUAACUUUGAAAGAUAUCGAUGGCAAAGCUUUCGUCUUUCUAGGAAAGUUUAUGUUCAAGAUUGUGCGGAAGGUUUUGGUGAACCAUGAACCCGAACUAGACUGGCACUACAUCGGGAAGAAAGCAGGGGAGACGUGGCGAGACAAGAAACAUCCCCUAGAUGGGAUUGUUUUCUCAGAAAAACCGCCAACGCCAGCGGAAGGAGGAGAGGUACAGUAGUUACAAAGGAUAUAGAAUUUUUGAAUUUUUAGAACGAUGACUUAGACUAACAGAUGACGAAGAUCGAGUGUGCUUCGUCUAGUAGUAGAAGUGCUGCUUCAACACGCUCAUCAUCAUAUACUUUUCUCCUACUAUCCUUACUUUUUCUUCCUAGUUAGCUUGGCUCCACCUAUAUUAAUAGUGUAGAAAAUCUAAAUCAGCGCAUCAUCUUCAUGUUGUAAGUAAAAGUAAGAAGAUCAACAUAGUACCCUUUUCUCGUACAACUACAUCAUACGCGUUUUUUCUCUUAAACCAUCUACAUCAGGCGACCGAAGGUGGCAAGGGAAAGAAGGAUAAGAAAGGCAAGAAGGGAUCCAAAGGAAAACCCGGGAUAGAGGAGGCUGCCGCAGCCCCUGCUGAGGGCGAGGCGGAGAAAACGUUAAGGCAUGAUUUUCAUCAUCAACUGUUUGAGUUUGUGGUGUUAUCUCAAUCUCUUCAAAAACUGUCCACAAGCACAACGAAGAUCUAGAGAGAGGAAAUCUAAAUCAUGCUGGUGAUUGCAUACUAUAGAAGGUGAACUCUUCUAGAAGGAUGUUCGUCUAGUUGUUCGCUUCUCUAAGCCCAGGAUCGAAGGAGAUCGAGGACAAAGCCCCCACCGCAGAGGAGAUUACCGCAAGACGACGCCAUGAAGCUGAUCAACAGAGUCUGGAGGGUCUCGAGACCUACCGAUCGAUGCCAAGGAAGCGCACCAUCGAUCUUUUGCAGGAGACGUUUUUUGCGCGUGACCGGGACACCUUCAAAAUCCGCAUUGACGAGUUUGAGGAAACGUGUGUGGCGUUAUUACACGCGGAAGCAGGACAUUUUCACGGAGACGAUAGGGAAAUCAAGAUGGCCAGUACUAAUAAAAGGCCUUCUAUGUUAAUACUGUUUCGAUUUUCAUCCAGCACAUUCAUCGUUGAUCAUUGUCUUUUUCAUGGAGUUGUACGUUCUUGUAAGUCAAAAUCUAAUCUGGCACGGCUAGUUCAAACGGUCCUUGUCCUCAACAACAUCACUCUCCGGACCACGUUACUACAGCCGCUCGCCUCAAGAAGGAGAUCAAGCAGUUACGACGAGAGGCGCGGUCCGCGUUUCCACUAUUGUUGAGAAAGAAGCAAUUCGGAAACACGCUGAUGCAGGACGAUCUAGAAUUCGGCUUUCAAGUGAUGGAGAUGGAAAAUCCGAAGCAUAUGCUGCUGGAGGAGUUCAAUUUGCAGGAUGUCCCCGUCUCUCUGCGAAGUCCUAGAAUGGUUGGUCUCAAAAGCACGACAUCGACAAGGGAGACGUUGCGUGAGACCAGGGCAUUGUUGGACUUGAGGAAAGCGAGUCCUCGGUACCUGAUCGAUGUAGUUUUUUUUGGAAUUUCCGCAUCCGCUCGAGCUGCUCGUGAUUGUGAUGACUGCACUUAGACUUACAUUUAUUUUUUGUGAUCAAGAAUUCGUUAUAGUAGUUAGGCAUUUCAUAGUUUUUUCAACUACCCUAUCUAAAAUGCAAUCAUUAAAAAACUCUCAUGAGGUUCCUUUCUCCCACUGGUGAUCCUCGGCUCGCAGCCUAUCAGAAUGACGGCUUCUCGAAUUUGAUGAAGGAUGUGAAGCUCUGGAAGACGAAGUUGCGAAAGAAAUUUGGCAAUUUGACCAAAGCCUAUACUCAACUUUUCGCAACUGCCUGUCAGAAAUGGAAGGAAGCCAAGGAUAAGGACGACGCCGAGCGUGCGGCCAAAGGAGGCCGUCCGAAAACCGAGAAUGCAGCGGCAGCCAAAUCCGCCAGUCUAAAGGCUGCUCUGAUGUCAGUCGGGAAGGAAAACACGCGAGUAAUCUUCGAAAAACCGCCUAAUCUAUUUUAUGACUCCCGGGAAAAACGAGCUUUAUCCAUAACCUACUUAUCUAAAACCAAAUAGUACUUGUUCCACCCUAGGCGUUGUCCUUGUAGACGGUGAUAGCAGCCUCUAAUCUCAGCCGCACAUCUUGGAGCUUUCGUGUUUCGAGUUCUGCUAUAUGUGCGGUGAUAUCUUCAAGAAGAUGGAAGAAAAUGGGAGGUUGAACCUGGCAGCGAUCUAUUUCGCCCUUUUGUGGGAGGAAGUUCCGCCUAGCAUGGUACAACUACAACUAUACUCGCUGUCACUUAACACUUUUUAUGAGCUCUUUCUUUUGCCUUAGGAUAAUUGUAGUUCAUCUAGUUGUACAACUGUUAAACUUCAAUGGAAAUUGCAAGUUCUUGCUAUGUCUAGAAUCUCUCACAAAUCUAAAUGAACCUUCAGGUCUACAACCCCUUUUCCCGGCAAGGCCCUCAGUUGACAGAGUGGGUCAUGCAGCUAGGGAGGGGCGCAAAUGAUCCCGAAGAACCUGAACCGGACGCCCCUGAAGGAGAUGGCGGCGCAGCUGAGAAUAAAGAAGGAGGGGAUAGACCUGGUAUUGAUACUGCAUGAUUGUACUUACUUGAGAUGAAGUAUUGCAGCUUUUCCUGAGGAAGCUCUUCUGAGGUGGAGGCUCAGGUAGUCUGCUGUUGUUGUAGUAGUUAAUACAGGAUGAAACAUGUUGCCUUCGAAGAAGUAGUGAAACGCAAAAUCAACGUCUCCUUUCCCUCACAUCAUUCAAUUUCACACAAGAACAUCAUUAUCAGAUAUCACCGUAGCGGAGGCUGAGGCUGCUGCUGCCGCAAAAAAGGCUGCCGCUGACGCCCUCAAGCCUCCAUGGGAAAGACAGAUGUCCCGCAUGCUCUUGAAGCAUUUUGAUUCCGAAUCGUACGCAAUGCUAGUGGAGUUCCAGAAGUGUCUGGCCCGUCGCUACGGACACGUGGGCAAGGCCAUGAUCGCACUGGAUGAGCAGUUCGACUCCUUUCGCCUCGAUUUCAAGGAGUUUCACGAAUUGUGCUUUUCCGUCAACUACUUGGGCAACACGAGGACGUUGUUUGCGUACAUGGAUUGUACCCAUACCGGGUUCGCAAGGGUCGAUGUCGUCGAUAUGCGAUUGGCAAAACUUAUGGCUUCAAUGACUUAAGUACUUUGGACUUGGAGUCAAUGAAUAUGAAGUACAAGUACUUAGAAUUAGGCGACUUUGGACAAUUCAAUGAAGUUGUACAAGUAGAAUUAGGCGCGCCGGUGUUAUCGGAUAUUAACUUUUAUCCUGUGCUGUGUUCCUUCUAGAGAAGAUUAGAAGUGGAUCCUGUUCCUAGAGCCGUAGACGAUUUGUUAAACUUUGUACCACACGACCCCUUUGUGUUUGUUCUAAACCACAAGUCUUCGGCGAAGAGUAUCUCGAUUACAAGACCCAGAACGAGAUGACGUGGUUGCAACUGCGAGAAAAGACGAGGAAACUGAAGGACCAGGUGGAACGUUUUGCGUCGAACAAGAAGCUGGACUACUACUCACAGUUCAAACUCUACGUCCGCAAGCGUGGUCUCGGCAACAUUUCCCGUGUCUGGCGCAAAUACCUGGACACCAACGGUCAGGGGAGCGUCAGUUUCGAGCAGUUUUCACAUGGAUGUACUGCAAUCGGGUACCAGGGCAACACCAGGACGCUGUUCUGGGCCAUUGGAAGAGGAAAAGACAUGAUCACGAUCGAUGACAUGGAACCGGAACUCGUGGAAGACUUCACCGCCUAUGUGCGAGCAUGCAAACGGUCUUCGGGGAGUGUAUUGAAGGUGCUGCAGAAUCUGGGAUUCCGGAAUAUCGAUGAACCAGUGAAGAAAAGUUCAUGGCGGAAGCAGAUUAGGGCUUUAAAAUUCAUGGUUUUGAUGGAGACAAAGCCAGUGAACGACACUGAUUCUGAUGCGGAUUUAGGCGGUCACGGGGAAGGAGCUGAAACCGACGGAGAAACGUCCAAAAAAAGCGGAUCGACUACGAAGAUUAUGGAGAAGGAACUGUACUAGUACUACCACUAGAACUAAAUUGCAACGAGUACAGGUGGAAAAUUUUUUUCCAAAGACGAGGGAGUGAGGUAAGUCCCGCCAUUAUUUUUUCUGGUUUUCAGGAAUAACUGUGUUCUGUAACUACUUAAGCAAGAACAUGAGGACAGACAUAGACAAUUAGAUAAAAAUGCGCAGUUGAUGACGAUGACGCUGAGUCUCUUCUAAUGAAAGCGGCACUGCUGGCGGCGACACAAAGUCGGCUUCUGGAUCGGAAAAGAGCAAGGGCUCCGCGAAGAAGGCGCCUUCGAAUGCGUCACAGCAACUUGCAGGCGAAGGAUUCGAGAUGGUCGAGCGAGAUGGCAGAUUCUACAUGUAUCUCUUCGAACACUUGGAUAUCUUCGAAGAAAAACGUAUCUUUCCAGACGAUUUGCUAGCCCUGGAGAAGCUAGUGAAGGGCAACUUCACUCUAGGCGAUAUCUAUGCGGAACGAACCCGGGCUUUGCGGGAAAGACAGCAGAAAGUGCGAGAGGUUGCGCAUUCAAGACGGAACCUGAUGUUAUGAAGGAGAGACCAGUACACUAUCUUCAAUCUAAAAAGUAAUUCGCAGAACGCAGUUUUUCAUGAACAAUUCCGAAUCGUCCUUGAAUGCAGCAUGAGAAUUAUUCUCCAGAUUUCUGUAGGUGGCAUGCACAGAGGAACACUUCACCUACGAGUUUGCCGCAUCUGUAUGUCUCGUCUGAUCGCAGCAUCGUCCUCUAACACGCGAAGAGCAGAUCGAACAUCAACGGCUCAUUCAGGGUUUGCGCAGUACACGCACGAACGGCAAAGCACAAGUAGAGAAACUAUUCAUCAAGAUGGAGCGGAGCUGUGGGUCUAUCCUGCGAGCAUGGUUUCUCUUCUUUGACCCCGACAAUGCCGGACUGUGUACCUUCGAGAAAUUCGCGGAAGUGGUGAAGCAGAAAUUCACGAUGCUUGUCACCACAGAGAUGUGGACAUUUUUGGACUACGCGAGACAAGGUACUACACGACACGACAAUAGACGAAUUAAAUGAAGCAGCUAUUUUGUACUACACGACACGACAAUGAAUACGAAUUUAAUGAAGCUGUCCUCUUUAGAUUCAAUCAUGACCUUAUUUGAGUAGAUGUUCCUAAGUCAACCACGAUAACAACUCCCGCCAGGUUAUCUCACUCUAGAGAAUUUUGAUCCCGAUGCGAAGAACCAGUUGAGCAUCUUCGUAGAGCGAUUGCACGUGCGAUACGGCAGUACACGUCAGGCCUUCAUGCACAUCAUCCUGCAAUGUGGUGGCGUGAACGUAGACUUCGAACAAUUUCGGGAGUUGUGCCGGGAAGUCCGGUAUGACGGAAAUCCAAGACGACUUUUUACAUUAAGGCUAGAAGUUUUUGUUUGUUGUAGACUAGAUCGAUCGUGUUACUUCCACCUGUUGCUCUUUAUAUUCUUGACCACCCUGUAGAAAAUUACUCCAAGAGGUCAAAGAAGCACCAAUAGGUGGUCAAAAAUGACAACAACAGCAAAAAAAGAUCAUCUACACUACGACUACGUAGACCAAGAGAAGAAUAUUAACUGCUUCUAAUCACCUACCUAGACCGGGAAAUUAGUGGUUACGUGCACUUGUCCAGUAUUGACCAACUAGCGGUGUUGAAAGCCUUGGAGAAAUUGACCAAAACUGCAGAAGGCGAGCACCUGGCCACUUGGUAUCAGACCAGAACAGGAGGUGGAGGCGCAAUGGGAGGAGGUGGCGCGAAAGAUGGUGGCGCUUCACAAGAAGUCCAGGACAACCCAGAUACGGAUUCGCCGCGUCUAGCAGGAAUGCGAUCUUUUGCUUCACCGGAGAAGACAGUGCGCGGCGCAGGUGGCGUGCAGAUCGGUACAGGAAGAGCGACGUCCUCUUCAUCCGGAAAGGAUCCUCAGAAGAUGGCAAUCGUCAACUCCUUCAAAGACAAACUGCUAGGCAAAUACCAUUCCCUCACCUACGGUUGGCGUAUGCUUUUUGGGGGUAACAACGAAGUUCAGUGGAUAGAAUUUCAUCACGCGAUAAAGAACCUGGUGAACGUAGAGUACGUUGGCGACUACACAGACGCGCAGACGGAGAUUCAUGGCCCGAUCGACCCGGUUGAUCCUCUGAUAGAACAGAGGAUGCGGCAAAAACACGAGGAAACAGAAGCAGCGAGACAAGAAGCGGUGAAGAAAUAUCUGAAAUUAUGCGAAACAGAUGCAGACUUACUAAUAAAUUUGUAAAAGUGUUCUUAGUAGUUACUAGUGCCUCUUCCCUUCUGCAACAUCAAGAUCAACAACUCGUCUCACCGUAAUAUUGCUGAACCAGUGGCACCAACUUGCUUGAAUACUGAGGCUUAUCUAUGAUGUAUGCUUUCGUAUGCUAAUUCUUGAGCUAUGGAACGGCCUCCAUUUUGCGGGGUACGUGAGGCAUCCACCACCGCCACCGGUAAGUGCAGAAAAUGCAAACCCGGACGCUGGCACGCGACGGCCGCCAGGCCACAGACCAAAACCGCAGUUGAAGUUAGAGCUCUUCGAUCCCGAUCUGGCAGGGAUGAUCCGAGACUUCAAAGCAGCUGUAGAGGGUCGCUACGGCACCUUCGCCAACCUGUUCACUCAAGUGUGUUUCGCAGACUGCCAGGUGCCUCUAGACUGCGAGCAAGAACGAUACUUAAGGUCUCACUACAAUUCAUUUCCACCAGAGGUCAUUUUCUCCUGUUUCCUUCUCAGAAAUGAAGGGAAGAAGUGAAUUGCUUUGAGCUCUAAGAUACUGGACGCGGGAGGAGUUCAAAGUGCUGUGCGACGAGAUCUCGUAUCCACGGAAUCCACGAGUGUUGUUUUACUACUUCAGCAUCGACUGUAAGCAUCUGUACUGUCGAAAUUUAGAUUACUCGGAAUACGACUCGGCGAAGGAAACGCUCCAGAAAAAAUUGGAGAAAGACAUGGAGAACAACAGCAAACACACCUCGACAAGACCUGGAGGAUUGGUUACCACGGGAGGCUUCCCAAGUGCGACAACUGGUCGAAGUGUGAUGUCAUUAUCGGGUACUAUGAGGCCGAACUCGUUGAACGAUAGCACUUACGACUUCAAUCUGAACACCCACCGGUCCUCAACAUCGCCGAACUUGCCUGGUGGGCAACUCAUGUUAAGGGAAAAAGUUUUGUAGUCCUCGCGUAACAUGAUGUCGAGAACUUUGACAUUGAUGUAGAUGGAACAAGACGAAGAAAUUAGCAAGAUCUUUGGAUUUUGAUCGGCACCAGAGAGGACAUCAGCACAACAUCUUUAGCACUAUCAUGAUGCUUUGUAUAUCAUAAUUUGCAAUUUAUUUGAACUCGUACAUCCUCGUUUAUCCACCAAUCAUAUCAGACCACAAGCCACUACCACUCGCUCCUUGUUCUAACCAUCCCCGAUUUGAGGAUACUGCAGAAUUUUAUCGACUUUCUACUACGCAAAAGCGACCAGAACCUUCUGCUAGGGUGGAUUCGAUUUCUGGAUCCAAAACAAAGAGGUAAACUCGACUACAAGGAAUUCAGCGACAAUGUAACUGCGCUCGCUAUGGCAAGAGAAUUUUCCUGUUCAAGAUAGUGAGGCAUCUACCGCUAAAGUAGGUUUCCUUCGUUAUUAAGUUCACAUGUUGUAAUUCAUGAUGGGCACAAGAUCAAGAUGGAACCAAAUACAAAUGAUCUAGUACUCCGAUAAAAUCUACUCUAACCUGAGUUUCCAGGGAAAUCUGCAGCAGCUUUGGCGAGAGAUAUUCUUGCGGCUCGACUUUUUUUCCUUCGUCGGCGAACAAGAAGCACCACAUAAGGCCUACAAGGACACCCGAUUCAUCACUUUCGACAAGUUAGAUCCCUAUCACUUUCUCCUGAUAGAAGCCUUCCGAAAACCACUUGCGACGAAAUACAAGACAGCACAGGUAAUACGAAUACUACUAUAUUCGAGUGUCGAAGAUGAAUAACUCAUUUGAGAUUGAUUGAGUUAUUCUUCAACUUUCUUGCAGAAGCUGUAAUUAUAUGGACUAAUAUAAUGGAUACUCAUUACUCAAUUAAAAUAUCAGGUAGCCUUCGAGGACUUGGAGUAUGGUAUAGAUGAUUUUUUCCUUCUGUGUCAAGAGUUGCAAGUCCGAGUAAGCUGCCGGAUUCCAGCGCCUCCUGCUUUCCUGCCUAGACAAGAAGACGAUCUCCCUGCGAUGAAGGGGAACGCAGAUCCGCUGCAGAGAGACCAUUUCUACGCUUGGUGCCAGAAUCUCAUGCUGAAGCAGCCCCGGAGGAUAACAAGAGGACAAGCGGACUAUCUGUUUCAAUACCUGAAUUUGCGGAAGCAGGAGAAGAUCAGCACAACAGAAGUGCGAUUUCUCGAUGGCUGGUGGAAGAAACCUGUGCGCAAGAAACGAAGUGCGGCACUCGAUAUGAGGGUACAGCGAGAUCCAAGACGCGCGAUUGAGGCAAUGAAAGCAUACAAAGCUGCCGAAGAGUUGAAGAUUGCUGCUAAGAAAGCAGCUGCCGAAGCUCGUGGCGAGUCGCCCUUUCUACACAGCAAACCAUUCAACGUGGGAAAAAGCGAUUCCAGUAUACUGGAUGAUCUCAAUUAUGAAGGAGACGUACUAAAAAACGUAUAAUAUUGUUGAUUACAGAAGCAGCACGGAGAGUUAGAAGAGUAGUUGUAGUUGUACUACUAGUAGUGGUUGUAAUUCAACACCUAACAGGGUCGUAACUACCCUCGUAUCAUACUUCUGGUUCUGCGAUAGGAUUUGAUUAUAUCACUCUCAUUUAACAGAUUCAGAUUCAACAUCCUUCUAAUCUUACAAUAUUGUAUACAUUUAACAGAUUAGAUUCUUAGUCCGAACUCUCUUUUGGUUCUUACAUUUAACAGAUUCAGAUUCAUCAUCAUCUUAAUUGCAAUUUGUGGCUCUUCAGGAUCCUUCUAAUCCUUGAUCAAUACAUCGCGUACUUUCGCUCACGAGGGAGGCUAUGUGGAGAAGAACCUGCUGACGUCGAUCGAUCUGCGGUCCAAUUGGAAUCCGAGGCAUAAUGUUUUGGAUACGGAUCAGAACCGGCAGCAACAAAUGCUCUACGAAAUGAUCCACGUGGAACGAGCAAGCGAUUUGAUGUUACGAUUUUUACAGGAAGAUGAUUUGGUGGCUCUAGUUUCUAGCUCAUGAAGAUAAAAGAGGUUAUAGUAACAGUAACAUACAUAGUAACAGUAACAGAAGCUUCAGCCGUGUCAGAUGCUGAUUUAGAUUUUGAAGAGGCACGGCGUCUUUAGAUUCAUCUGUAGAAUUCACUAAAGUAAGUAGAAGAUGUAGAACUUCUUUAAUGUGAAAUGCUACUCGUGGUCACGGGUACACGUGCAACAUAAAUAUCUCAUUACCCCCCAUGGCAUGUCAACAGCUUCCCGAUAUUCAGGACUCAGCAUCCUCUAACUCACAAAGCGAAGGUGCAGAAAAAAGUUUCGCAGAUACCUCUGGUUUCGUGGAUGCAGGCACAGAUGGCGAACAAGAAAGCCUCCAAGGACAAAAUCGAUCGUCUCCAGCCACGUCCGCCACCUAUCAAUAAGUUAAGGCGAAGUCUUCUAUUAGAUCUAUUAGAGGUUAGGUAGUCUACUAGAGGGUAGUUGUUCAUGUGAGAUAAGCUCAUAAUUUCUUCAUCAUCAUUUCAUUUAUUAGAGGGGAGUUGUUCAUUUAUUCCCGCGUUCUUUCAUUUAUGAAAAUGUGAAUUAGGAAAAAGACAAGAUCAAGAUGAAAAGGGUGAGAUAAGCUCAUACUUUCUUCAGUGAGCAGCAUCUUUCUUUUUCGGCUCUAGAACUCUGAAGUAAUCAUCGAGUACUCAAAAAGAAUAGUGCACUCUCUCUAAGUACGGAUACGAAAAGCAAAAGCUUGCUGCCGAACGCACACGAGCUUCCGCCUGCCUUUUAGCGAGUAUCAACUUGUUCUAUAGCUGAGCACGCACCCAUUGGUCCGCAUGAAGUUUUAUUGUUUAACCCCCUGUACACGUAUAGAAUAUCACGUCUUGGUUUGUUGGAUUUCGAAUAUAUCAUUAUGAUGUGCAUAUUUUCAAGUCUUCUUCAUCUUACAUACAGAAUUGUUCAAAGUGACGUCUCCAUCGCAUAGAAAACGUACAAUUUAAAUAGAGGCUCUAUGCCUAUUUGCCCAGUAUAUAUCAGCAAAACCUGUAAAAACAGUAUUAAAACCAGUAUUAAAAUUCUUGCCAAUGUUCCAACUUGUUCUUAUUGCUUUUUGUUCUGACGACGACCUUAACCUAGUAAACGAGCUUGUUUUUCGGAUAUAGAUUAUAUUGAAAUUGACCCUCCUUGAAUAGAAGAAGGUACUACUCCAACCUAGUAGCUAGUGGAAAUUGAAAAUGCAUGAAUGUUCUUAUGUCGAGGAGAAAGCGUGUGGUCGUCCCUUGAUGAAUCUAUUGAAAAAAUGCCCUCUCAUUAAGGUGGAUUCGGACUCAAUUCCACAAUGUUAAAUGUAUGAUGAAUAAACGUAAACGAACCUAUGAUCCAGAAUUACUGUAACAACUCACUAUUACCUUCUAAGUAAACGAAUGAUCUAUGUUCCUGUCCUCUUACUGCUGUUCUGUCGCUGUGUUGUACUAUCGCAUUCAUUGCUGAGCUGCUGUUUAUUCCCUGAAGAUUUGCUGAAGAAGAAAAACUCCUUUGAAUAUUUGAUGUCAUCUGCAGAGUGUCGUGUGUUACAGUAAAGAACCUAUUCCAAUUAUACACGAAAUGAAAAUAUGCGAUGGUGUUGUAGGUGUCGUCUUCUAAGCAAUGGCUGUGUUGUUGUUGUUGUAGGUGUUGUAUUCUAGUUCUAGUACCUUCUAGUACUACUACUCGAGGAAUAUCAGAAGAAGAAAACGUAGUGGUAGUUAGUUUACUGAAAAUUAGCAGAAGAUAGCUAGCUUGUUUUUUAUGCACGGAAGAUCUAGCAAGACAGAAGGCAGAAGUGGGAGAUUCGAAAGAACCAAUAGAUGCAACACCCUUCACGGUCGGAGGAUGAAGAUCUAAAAGAUGGCAACAUGUGAUGUUGAGAGCAAUGUCCUGCAGUGGAAAUUAUACUAGGCGCGAGUAAAACUAAAAAGGAUACAGUUUUGGAAAACCAAAGUGAGAGUAAGA